AUGGCCCUCGCCGGCAUCAUCGACGGAGCAACUACGACCGGCCGCGGGGUCGACGACGGAUGGGUCAAGUGUCCUGUGUGUGUGGCCGAGCGAGACCGCCGCUUUGCUGCUAACCAGGCCGCCCGCAAGCUCAUCGUCGUCCCGGGCCCUCGGCCCAUGUGGCGGAAGCGAUUUGCCCGUGGAAGGGGGCUCCGGGCCCACCUGGAGACCUUCCACCGCCCGGGACAAGGUCACUGGGCAUCAUCUACUGUCGACGGACAGAGUGGGGUUGAUGCCGCUCUCAUCGAGGCCGAGAAGGAGAAGAUCCAUGCCGGUAUCGAUCGGAAUGGCCUCGUCUUUGAUCCUCAUCGCGGUCUACAUCCCGGUCUCCUCGCCGCAGCUGCUGGCGAUCUGUCGGCUGUCCGCACACUUAUUGCUCAAGGCUGGGACUGGACCACUCAGGGUCUUGACAAACACGGAUCUACGGCCGCAGAGUGGGCCGCGGGCAACGGCCAUGUCGAUGUCCUCGACGAGCUCAUCAAUCGCGGGCCAGGCGCCAUCGAUACCUCCGCCUUGGCUGCCCGCGACACAGGCGGGACCCGCGGCGGCCGAACUGUCCUGCACUGGGCUGCGCGGAACGGCCAGACGGCAGUCGUCUCUUAUCUGCUCGCCGAUCGCUUUAGCGGUCUGCUGGUCGAUGUGCCCACUGGCGACGGCACCACCCCCCUGCAUCUCGCGCUCUACGGCGCACACUUUGACGCCGCCCAGGCUCUGCUUGACGCCGGCGCCGAUCUUGCCCGCAUCAAUGACUGGGGCUGCGCUGCUGCACACUGGGCCUCUAUGUGCACCGCCAAGUCGGUCCGCGCCACCCCGCCGGGCGCCUCGGCCGCGCCCGCGGACAACGACUCUGACGAUGGCGACCUAGCUCUUGCUUGCCUCCAGUGGGUCAUCGACGCUGCCGGCUCGCCGCACGCCGCCGCCACCCUUAUGACUGCCCGCCAGAAGACCGGUCGAACUCCGAUGCACAAGGCUGCCCAGCGCGGCAACACCGCCGCCUGCCUCUUUCUCCUCGACUCCUAUGGUCACAAAGCCGUCGCCGGGCCCGACGAUCAGGGCAAUGUCCCGUCUGACGUUGCUGCCGAAAUGGGCCAUCCGGCCCUUGCCGAGCUUCUCCGCUCACGCCAUGCAUAG